AUGGGUCAAGUUCCAUCCCAAGGCGCUGGUCGACCAGGCCGCGAUGGCAAGGACAAGGUGAGUGCAGGGUGGGGCAGUGGGUGUAUGCGCGCGCGCGUCAAGUGCCCAUCAGGCAUGCAUGUCGGCCAUCGAUGACCUUGAUCCGCUGACACGAUCCACUCGCGAUCCGAUGUCUACGCGCUCGAUAGAGAAAGGAUCAGCCCAAGAAGUGGGAGCCACCUCUUCCUACUCGCGUUGGCAAGAAGAAGAGACGCGGACCGGAUGCCGCCACAAAGCUGCCCCCCGUGCACCCCACCACGCGAUGCAGGCUAAAGCUGCUGAAGAUGGAGCGGAUCAAGGACCACUUGCUGUUGGAGGAGGAGUUUGUUCAGAAUCAAGAGAGGUUGAAACCUCAGGAGGAAAAGGCGCAAGAGGAGAGGACUAGAGUGGAUGAUCUCAGAGGAAGCCCAAUGGCGAUCGGAACGUUAGAGGAGAUCAUCGACGAUGAGCACGCCAUCGUCAGCAGUGCCACUGGGCCAGAGUACUACGUAUCCAUCAUGAGCUUUGUGGACAAGGAUCUGCUCGAACCUGGUUGCUCCGUAUUGCUGCAUCACAAGGCGAUGGCCAUCGUGGGUGUGCUUGCAGACGACGCGGAUCCCAUGGUCAAUACCAUGAAAGUGGACAAGGCGCCCACCGAGAGCUACGCGGAUGUUGGGGGUCUCGAGCAGCAGAUUCAAGAGAUCAAAGAAGCCGUGGAACUGCCCCUCACCCAUCCUGAGCUCUACGAGGAGAUGGGCGUCAAGCCUCCGAAGGGUGUGAUUCUUUACGGCGUACCAGGCACAGGAAAGACGCUCUUGGCAAAAGCUGUGGCCAAUCAGACCUCGGCGACCUUUUUGCGCAUCGUGGGAUCGGAGCUGAUUCAAAAGUACCUCGGAGACGGCCCCAAGCUGGUCAGGGAGCUGUUUAGAGUGGCAGACGAACAAGCUCCUUCGAUCGUCUUUAUCGAUGAGAUCGAUGCUGUUGGAACAAAGAGAUAUGACAGCAGUAGCGGAGGAGAGCGAGAGAUCCAGAGAACCUUGCUGGAGCUCUUGAACCAGCUGGAUGGUUUCGACACAAGACACGAUGUCAAGGUCAUCAUGGCUACAAACAGGAUCGAGUCCCUGGAUCCCGCAUUGAUCAGACCAGGGUGAGUCGAGACUGGAGCAACUCGAGUCAAGUCUCGCUGACACAUUUGGCGGAUCACCCCUUCUUCCAACAGCCGAAUCGACAGAAAGAUCGAAUUCCCCAUGCCCGAUCAAAAGACCAAGAUGUGAGUCUGCUCGAGGAGCUGCAUGCACCCGCACCCUUGCUCACCGUCUGCGUGCACCUCUUCGUCUGGCAUCUUGACACAGGCGCAUCAUUCAGCUGCACACUAGUCGCAUGAACCUCGACUCUGACGUCGACUUGGAGGCACUUGUCAGCGUCAAGGACGAAUUGAGCGGUGAGUGUCGGGGGCGCGAGUGCACAAAGGUUAUGCCGUCGCAGUGCUUACCUUGCGCCCCCCUCUUGCUUACCCCUCACCGUAUCAGGUGCCGACAUCAAAUCGCUCGCGACGGAAGCUGGACUGCUCGCCCUUCGCGAGAGACGUAUGCGCGUGACGAAAAAGGUGCGUUGUGGAUGAUGCAGAUGAGAGGUGCUUAAGUGCGGCUCAUGCAUGGGCUCAAUUUUUAUUGCGAAUCUGCGCCGCACGUGCACGAACAGGACUUUGACACGGCCAGAGAAAGAGUGCUGGACCGAAAGAAGGAGAACAUGCCAGAGGGUGAGCGAGGCGAGGCGAUGCGAUGCGAUGCGAUGCGACAGAUGCGCGCCGUAGUACCAAAGCUGACGCUAUGCUAUUCCUCGCUUUCGGCACAGGUCUUUACCUCUGA